CGCGGGGGCUGAGUCACCGUCCCAUCAGCGGUGAUGAUGAUGAUGAUGGUGGUGAUGACGGUGUCGUUGUCGCCGGUCUGCUGAGGAGUCUCUGAAGUUUGAGCCGCAGCGGAUUCUGCGCUUGGCGGCGGUCGAGCCCGCGCUGCCGUCGGACCCAGGGUGUCCCGCGCUGGCUGGCUGUCCCGCGCUGGCCGGCCUAUGAUGCUGGGUACACAGGGACUCGCAAGGACAGAGGAACACGGGCCUUGUUUUGAGAAGAAAGUUCCGGGCUCUUUUACUCAGGAGGGGAGAACGAAAGUGACUCCAAGGACCUUUGGAAGGGAGUAGUGAUCUGCUGCUCGAAAAGGGUGUGGGUGGCGGUAUAAUCCUCUUUUUUUUAGCCGCUGAAUACCGCUCCCCGUUUCCGAAGCUCAAAAUGGAGCUGGUUCCAAAGACGAAGUACACCCACUUCCGCAGCGAGUCUCUCAGCUCAACGGACGAUACCAACUCCAACCCCUCCCUGCCCAACUCCGCCCCGCUCACCCCCCUCACCCCUCCCGGCAUGUCCUCCUCGCUGUCCUCUACCUCCCUGACCGCCAUCCUGCCCCCCUCGUCGCCCCGCCCGGCCGAGAACAGCCCCACCACCUUCUGCUCCUUCUUCCCCCGCAUGGGCGCCCUCCGGCUGGGCGUGUCAGCCACUCUGCUCCCAGGCCUGAAGGCCGGGAGCAGGCCGCAGCUGCCCCCGGAGCCCGAGGGGCCCCCCGAGGAACCGCCGCCUCCGCCGCCGGAACCCGCUCCGCCGCUAACCGCCGCCUCUCCCUCUCCCCGCCCCCUCCCGCAGGACAUGAACCGGCAGGGCGGGGCCCCGCGGCGGGCCCGGGUGGAGGGCGGCCAGCUGGGCGGGGACGAGUGGACGCGGAACGGGUCCUUCGUCAACAAGCCCACCCGCGGCUGGCUCCACGCCGACACCGUGCUGAGCGGAGCGGGAGUGUCCUACUCCGUACGGUAUAUGGGAUGCGUGGAGGUGCUCCAGUCUAUGAGAGCUCUGGAUUUUAACACAAGAACUCAGGUCACAAGGGAGGCCAUUACUGUGGUUUGUGAGGCCGUUCCUGGUGCCAGAGGCACCCAGCACAGGCGAAAGGGUCCCUCUCGGUGCCUGUCCAUCUUGGGGAAGAGCAACCUGCAGUUUGCUGGCAUGGCCAUCACUCUCACCGUGUCCACCAGCAGCCUCAACCUGCUGGCCUCCAGCUGCAAACAGAUUAUCGCCAACCAUCACAUGCAGUCUAUCUCAUUCGCCUCAGGAGGAGACCCCGACACGGAGGAAUACGUAGCUUACGUUGCCAAAGACCCUGUCAACCAAAGAGCCUGCCACGUGCUGGAGUGCCCUGAGGGCACUGCCCAGGAGGUCAUCGGCACCAUCGGGCAGGCCUUCGAGCUGCGCUUCAAGCAGUACCUCAAGAACCCCCCCAAACUGGUGGCCCCCCACGACAGGAUGGCUCCCUUUGACGGGUCGGCGUGGGAGGAAGAGGAGGAGGAGGACGAGGUCGUCCCCGCCCCUGAGGUGGCGUACUACAACGACUUCCCCGGCAAGCUGCCCCCCCUGGGCGGGCUGGUGGACAUGAGGUGUCACGCCACGGGACCCACCCUGCCGUACGGACAGCCAGGACAGACGGACGGGCACAAGCAGCCAUUCCCCCCCAUGACAGCAGGCAGUCUCGAUGACCCUUCCUACGUCAACGUUGAAAAGCCCCGCCCCCCUCCUCUUGCAGUCAAUGAGUCCUUUGACGACGGCACCACAGUGCCCCCUCUGGCCAGACAGCUGCAGCGCGAGCCCUGGUUCCACGGCAGCCUGAGCCGGCGGCAGGCGGAGAGGCUGCUGGGAAGGGACGGGGACUUCCUGGUGCGCGAGUCCGGCACCACCCCGGGACAGUACGUCCUCACGGGGCAGCAGGGGGGUCAGCCCAAACACCUACUGCUGGUGGACCCAGAGGGAGUGGUCCGGACCAAGCACCACCGCUUUGAGAGCGUGAGUCACCUGAUCACCUACCACAUGGACAAUCGGCUGCCCAUCGUUUCGGCGGGGAGCGAGGUGUGCCUGCAGCGCCCCGUGGAGCGCGUCCCCUGAUGCGGAGAUCCCCAAAUUACCCCCCACCC